AUGAUUGUGUUGCUGUGUUUGUCUGCGCUGUUUCCCUUGUUGAUGGGCAUUGAAGAUGGCAAAUCCAAUUGUGUUCUUGCGAAAGACUGCUCUGAUGUUUAUGCAUGCGGAUACAGUACCAGUGGCAUGUACAUCGUCUCCUCAGCAGAUGGACCACUGCGGAUCUACUGUGAGAUGGUCUCUGGCGGAGAAAACGACCAAGGACAGUGGGCAGUGAUUCUCAGGCGGAUUAACGGCGAGGUUAAUUUCUUUAGGCCUUGGAAGAGUUAUAAAUGGGGAUUCGGUAAUAAAGCCGGUGAAUACUGGCUGGGUUUAGAGUUGCUUAACCAGCUGACGCGCAAAAACAAGUAUAAACUCAGAGUGGAUUUGGAGGACUUUGAUGGGAAGAAGGCUUACGCUCUGUACAACUCUUUCUCUGUGGGCUCUGAGGCUGAUGGGUACAAACUGCAAGUGAGCGGCUUUGUAGAUGGAGGAGCAGGUGAUUCUUUGAGUUAUCAUAAUGGAAUGAAGUUCUCCACCUUUGACAAAGACCAAGACCUUUCAGGAGGCAACUGCGCUUUGAAAUACUAUCAAGGAGGAUUUUGGUACAACCAAUGUUAUCGCACAAACCCCACUGGUCACUAUCUGUGGGAGAAAGGUAAUAGAGUGACAAAUAUUGGGGCCACCUGGUACCACUGGAAGAAUAGCUGGGAUUCUCUGAAGUCCAUCACCAUGAAGAUCAGACGUGUGAAAUAGAGAAGGUUUUCUUUCCUUUAUAUGUGCUUCACAAACCUUAAUGGUUCACUGCAACUUGUGCACAUCCAUAACUUUUAUGCAUGCAUGAUUUUAUUAAAACAUGGUGACAAACAA